AGGAAAUGGAAUGCGGUCCUGAUUUAGUUUAGGAAAUGGUGAGGAGCGAAGAGACAAGCUAACUAUUUUUAGGAUUUUUGUGAGCACAUAUUUCCAUCUGGGACAUUUUUUUUUUUCUUUCUGUGUGGAAGGCACUACAGGGACAUUUGGUUUGGAGUUUCGAGGACUCCUUUCUCUUCGUCUAUAUUUUUUGGAGUCAAGGGAGUGGGGGUGGUCAUUUUUUUGUGCGGAUGCUGGUAAUGACGGUGUUGUGAGGGAAGAUGAGUGUUCCCAUGCUGAAGAUCGGCGCGGUGCUGAGCACCAUGGCUAUGGUCACCAACUGGAUGUCCCAGACUUUGCCUUCUCUCGUCGGCCUCAACGAGACCGUCGCACACAGUGGCACCUCCGAGAGAAUUAUCAGCGCUCUGUACCCAGGCCCCGAUGAGGGCUGGCAGGUGUACACGUCGACGGCGGACGCGGAGGGCAAGUGCGUGUGCACCGUGGUGGCUCCUGCCCAGGCGCCCUGCAGCCGGGACCCCCGCAACCGCCAGCUCCGGCACCUCACUGAGAGGGUCCAGAACGUGACCCAGUCCAUGGAGCUGCUGGACCUGCGUACGUCCCGUGACCUGCAGUACGUGCGGGACUCGGAACCCCUCCUGAGGGGGAUGGAGGGGCGCGUCCGCUCCGCACAGAGCAACCCUCGCAGCCUCAGCCCCAAGGGCUUCCAGGAGCUGAAGCGAAGCAGAGAGCUGAAGCAGAGUGUGUCUCUCCUAAUACCCCAAAUGCCCCCUGUCCUACAGGAGCUGAAGCAGAGUGAGCUGAAGCAGAGUGUGUCUCUCCUAAUACCCCAAAUGCCCCCUGUCCUACAGGAGCUGAAGCAGAGCUGUGGUCGGCUGACGGGCAUCAGUAACCCCAUGACGAUGCGGGCGUCUGGCUCCCGUUUCGGCUCUUGGAUGAUGGACGCCAUUAUCCCCAGCUCUGACAACCGCGUCUGGUCAAUGGAUGGCUACUUCAAAGGCAGACGGGUUCUUGAGUACCGGACCAUGGGCGACUUCGUCAAGGGACAGAACUUUGUGGUGCACGUGCUGCCGUAUCCCUGGGCAGGGACGGGCCACGUGGUGUACAACGGCUCCCUCUACUACAACAAGCACCAGAGUAACGUGGUGGUGCAGUACCACCUCCGCCAGCGCCGCGUGCUCCUGCAGCGCAGCCUCGCCGAGGCCGGCUACAACAACACCUUCCCCUACUCCUGGGGUGGCUGGUCCGACAUCGACCUCAUGGCCGACGAGACCGGCCUGUGGGCAGCCCAUUCCAGCCUGUCGCGCGGCGGCAGCCUCACCCUGAGCCGCCUGGACCCGGGGACGCUGGAGGUUCUGCGCUCCUGGGACACGGGCUUCCCGAAGCGGAGCGCCGGAGAGGCGUUCCUGAUCUGCGGCACGCUCUACGUGACCAACUCGCACCUGGCCGGCGCCAAGGUGCACUUCGCCUACCACACGUCCACGGGGAGCUACGAGUACGCCGACGUGGCGUUCCACAACCAGUACGCGCACCUGAGCAUGCUGGACUACAACCCGCGCGAGCGAGCGCUCUACGCAUGGAACAACGGCCACCAGGUGCUCUACAACGUCACGCUCUUCCACGUGGUGCACGGCGGAGGAGGCGGGGGAGGGGGGCCCGGGGAGGCGUAG